UAUUUUUUCAAAUAUUAUUAAGUAAAGAAAACUAUUUGGAUCAACCCUUAAAAUUAAUACAAUGCAUCGUAGUAUAUAUCAUUUAGUUUCAAAAUUUAAUUCAAACGAAUACCAGAAAAAUCAUUUAGAAAACCUCAAAAAAAUAGAAGAAGAUCGUAUAAAAUAUAUGACGGAAGCGACAGCCAGUCUCACCAAUAAUACACUACAGUUAACUAGCUUACGUCCAAAAUUAACUGAAGACUCUUCAGCAUAUAACUUAAGUAAAGACACCUUAAAGAGCUUGUCAUAUGAAGCAGAGAAAUGCAAGGUUUCAAUGUUUUAUGAACAAUCUAAUACUGAAGGUUAUAGUCCAGCUGCUUCUACCAUAGAACAGGAUUCCGAAGAGAAUGAUAUGACAGAGAAUCCUAUUGUUUCCAGCAGUUUUAUCGAAUCUGCGAAAAGAACUGCUAAAAAAGUUGUAAAUCGGCUGCGUCGCUUCAUUCCUUAGGAUUCAUCAGUUAUAGCUGGAAAUUAUGAUAUUUGCUGUCGUGUAUGGUAGGUGACUAUUAACUUUUACGAUAAGUGCGAUGAAAGAGUUAUAUUGUGGGACUGAUAUAUAUAUUUUUGAUAUUACAAUAAAAUUUUCGGGAGCUCCUAAAAAUUCACAGCAUA